UCUUAACCCUAAUUUCCUUCAGCAGAUAAAAUCCGGCGGCGCUCGCUUCUCCCUCUCUCUCUUUCCCCGUAGCGCCGCUGCUCUUUAAUCUCUCUCCUACCAAGAUGAAGUUCAAUAUCGCCAACCCCACUACCGGGUGCCAGAAGAAGCUGGAGAUCGAUGACGACCAAAAGCUACGUGCUUUUUAUGACAAGAGAAUCUCCCAGGAGGUCAGCGGCGAUGCUCUGGGUGAGGAGUUCAAAGGCUAUGUUUUCAAGAUCAUGGGAGGAUGUGACAAGCAGGGUUUCCCGAUGAAGCAGGGAGUGCUGACCCCAGGACGUGUCCGCCUGCUGCUGCACAGAGGAACACCUUGCUUCCGUGGCUAUGGAAGGCGCAACGGAGAGCGCAGGAGGAAGUCCGUUCGUGGGUGCAUUGUUAGCCCCGACCUCUCUGUUCUCAACCUUGUCAUUGUUAAGAAAGGUGAGAACGAUCUCCCUGGCUUGACUGAUGUUGAGAAGCCAAGGAUGAGAGGACCAAAGAGGGCGUCCAAAAUCCGCAAGCUGUUCAACCUGUCUAAGGAAGAUGACGUUCGCAAGUAUGUCAACACCUACCGCCGAACAUUCACAAAUAAAGCAGGGAAGAAGUGCAGCAAGGCACCUAAGAUCCAGAGGCUGGUGACUCCCUUGACACUGCAGAGGAAGCGAUCGAGAAUUGCAGAAAAGAAGAAGAGAGUGGCCAAGGCCAAGUCUGAGGCUGCUGAGUACCAGAAGCUCCUGGCCACCAGGCUGAAGGAGCAGAGGGACCGAAGAAGUGAGAGCUUGGCAAAGAAGAGGUCCAGGCUCUCUGCUGCGGCCAGCAAGACCGCAUCCACGGCUGCCUAGGCUCAGAUGCCAUUUGGAAAGUAAUUUUGAGAAGGGUUGACAGUGAUUUUGCUUAAAACUAGGUGUGGCUUUUUUAUUAUCCUUCAGUUUGAAGUAAUUUUGACAGUUCUAGUAAAUUCUUGUCUGAAACAUAAAAUUGUCUUUACCCUUUGAAGUAUGGGAUGUUGAACUUGAAACAUACCCCCCCUGUUUAGUGCCGAAGUCUGGUAAUUUGUUAGGUUUUCAGUGGUUAAA